GCGUCACUGAUGAUGCAAUCAGUCUGCGCCGCGUAGAAGGUUUACUAUGGCGGUGUCUCAGGCGAAGCUGGAGAAGGAGAGCGAGGAUUGCUCUUUGUUGCCUUUAGUUCAUGACAUUAUCAAAUGCAUGGACAAGGAUAGCCAAGAUGUUCACCAAGAACUCACAAAGCUGAAGGCAAAGAUCCAGGAGGCUCGGGAACAGAUAUCCAACAUGCCCGGGAUAGACUGCAGUCCAGUGGAGCAGCAGCAACAACUGGCUACGUUACGGGAGCAAGUGCGCACCAAGAACCAGCUGCUGCAAAAGUACAAAAGCCUGUGCAUGUUUGAUGUUCCAAAAGCAUCGUGACACUGGAGACUGGACUACUGUGGUUGUACAAAGACUUUGUGUUUAGUUGCUUUCACAAAAAGGUAAACUGUUUCCUGAAGAACGAAGAAGCCAGCAGCAGACUUUUUCCUGAGCAGCAGCUCAUGUUUUUCAGCGUGGAGAUGCAUUCAUUGCAGCUGUUAAUGUAUGUUUCCUAUGUUAUAUUUGUUUGUAAUAAAGUGGUUUAACUGAGAA